GCGCAAAUGGAAGGUGCGGUCAUAUGUCGCACGUGAUCCACCGCCUUUCGGAGAAACGCUUCGGAUCCAUCACCGUCGGCAGCGCAACCGUCAUCACCGUCGCUUUUCCCUCAAGCGAGUGGGGGAAGCCACUUUUUCCUUUUACACUGUAUCGACCAACCAACGAGCGGUCUGUCAUCUCAUCCGCGUUAUAUGACACCACAACGAAGCCUAACAUCCCCACAAAUUUUUGCCCUUUUUUUCCCCUCUUCCAUCAACCCUUGUCAUCAAAUCACAUCAAAGACCAGAAGCAGUCAGAGCUCUCUCCUUUCCCAAUUAGUUGUUUCCGAGAACCUCGCGGGGAAACCAGGUUAACAACUUGACAUCUAUCUCUUCUUCUUCCAAUGGCGGCGCCAAGAGCAGCAACAGGGAGUAGAAACCCGGAUGAGACGACCAAGAAGGGGCUCGUUCUGAUGGGGCGGUACGAGGUGGGGCGGCUCCUGGGGCAUGGGACCUUCGCCAAGGUGUACCACGCCCGGAACCUGAGGACAGGGGAGAGCGUGGCGAUUAAGGUGCUGGACAAGGAGAAGAUCCUCAAGGGCGGGCUGGUCGCCCACAUCAAGCGCGAGAUCGCCAUCCUACGGCGCGUCCGCCACCCGAACAUCGUCCAGCUUUUCGAGGUGAUGGCCACCAAGACCAAGAUCUACUUCGUCAUGGAGUACGUCCGCGGCGGCGAGCUCUUCUCCAAGGUCGCCAAGGGACGCCUCAAGGAGGAGACCGCCCGACGCUAUUUCCAGCAGCUCAUCUCCGCCGUCGCCUUCUGCCACGCCCGCGGCGUCUUCCACCGCGACCUCAAGCCCGAGAAUCUCCUCCUCGACGAACACGGCGACCUCAAGGUCUCCGACUUUGGCCUCUGCGCCGUCUCCGACCAGGCCCGCGCCGGUGACGGCCUCUUCCACACCUUGUGCGGCACCCCGGCCUAUGUCGCCCCUGAGGUCCUCUCCCGUAAAGGCUACGACGCCGCCAAAGCCGACAUCUGGUCCUGCGGGGUAAUCCUCUUCGUCCUCAUGGCCGGCUAUCUCCCGUUCCACGACCAGAAUCUCAUGGCCAUGUACCGCAAAAUCUAUAAGGGCGAGUUCCGCUGCCCCCGAUGGUUCUCCUCCGACCUCGUCCGCCUCCUCUCUCGCCUCCUCGACACAAAUCCCAACACCAGAAUCACUAUCCCAGAGGUCAUGGAGAACCGGUGGUUCAAGAAGAACUUCCGGCACAUCCGGUUCUACAUCGAGAACGAUAAAGUUCACAGCUUUGACGACCUCGACGAGCCGCCGCCACCCGAUGAGACCUCCGACUCCGAAACCGAAGCGGAAGCCUUCACCUCGUCAUCCUCCUCCUUGGUGGAUGGCCAGCGGCGGAAAUUGGGGCUGCCGAGGCCCAUGAGCUUAAACGCGUUCGACAUCAUAUCCUUCUCCCCGGGGUUCGACCUCUCCGGGCUGUUCGAGGAAAGAGGGGAGGAGACUAGGUUCUUGUCAGGGGAGCCGGUAUCGAAGAUUAUAUCAAAAUUAGAGGAGAUUGCCAAAGUGGUGAGCUUUACGGUGAGGAAGAAGGAUUACCAUUUGAGUCUAGAAGGGACGAAGGAGGGGGAGAAGGGGCCGCUGACGAUUGCGGCGGAUAUAUUUGAGCUUACGCCGUCGCUGGUGGUCGUCGAGGUCAAGAAGAAGGCAGGGGAUAAAGGGGAGUACGAGGAGUUCUGCAACAGGGAGCUGAAGCCUGGGUUGCAGAACCUCAUGUACGGCAAAUCGGCGGCUGCUGCUGCUGCUCAUAUUGGUUCGGAUUCCGAGUAGAGAAGUAAAUAGAGAGAGGGUAACAUCUCAUCUCCUCCUCCAUUUAAUCUUCUGUUCUGUUCAUGAGUGCAUAUAUGUUCUUUUUCCAGUGUAGUGUAUUGUAUGACUGUCUCCUGCGCACUGUAUGUACUCAAGAGCAGAGAUCAAGACCCUCUUUACUGUAUUUGCAACAAUAACUUCUCAAAGAUAUAUUAGGGAAGUUAGUUAAACCUAUGUAACUUUAUGUAAUUUCGCGUAUGCAACCGUGGAAUGUUUAUACCAAGUUGAAAUUUUGUACUCCUGAAGGAUGGAUAAACUUUGCCCUCUCACAUUUA